GAUCCGGCGGCUCCGCUCGGACCCCGAUGCCGCGAUGGAGGAAUAGAGCCCGGCAGCAGCCCCGGCAGGGCGGGCAGCGAGCGAAGGCGACACCGCCACCGCAUCUCCCGGGGACAUCCGCGGCUCCGCGGGGCACAGGAGCUCUCGGGAUAAAGAACCAGAUGCUUUAGCGGGGCAGCGCUCCGGCCCCGCCAUGGGCACCGGGAUGUGCUCCCGGCGGCAGAAGGGGCUGCUGCAGACCGCCUUCUGCCUGCUCACCCUGGCCUGCCUGGCCUCCGGAGUCUUCCUCUACAGCCACUUGCAGCAGAAGGUGCGGAACGCCGAGGCGCUGGCGCAGAAAUACAAACAGCAGCAGGAAGCGCUGUCAGCCCAGCUGCAGGUGGUGUACGAGCACCGCUCCCGGCUGGAGCGAUCCCUGCAGAAGGAGCGAGGGGAGCACAAGAAGACCAAGGAAGAUUUCCUCGUGUACAAGUUAGAAGCUCAGGAAGCUCUCAACAAGGAGAAGCAAGACUCCAUGAACAGAUAUGGGGCCCUCAGCUCCCAGCACAAGAUCCUGAAGAACCAGCACGAUGAUGUCAAGAAGCAGCUGCUGGACCUGCAGCUGCAGCACAACAGCCUGAGGCUGGAGCACCGAAAGAGCCUGGAGAGCCACAGCCAGAAACUCAGCCAGCUGCAGCAGGAGAGGGACAGCGAGGUCACCAACCUGCAGGACACAGUGUUUAAACUCAGAGAAGAGAGCAAACUGCUCAGGAAGGCUCACCAGGAGGUUCACUCCCAGCUCCUCAGUGCCCAGGCGCAGAUGGAAGAGUUCAGGCAGCUCAAGGAAGCUCUCCAGAAGAUGCCAGGCUUGAGAGGAGGAGGAGGGAGGGGGCAGCAGCCCCUGGUGCCAGCCAGCAGCCAGCUGCAGCCAGGGAGGCAGAAGGAUGUGAGGAUGGUGAUGCACAUCCAGGUGAGGAGCCACGAGGGGAGCCAAGCUCCUGGGCUGUCCCUGCCUGAGCCAGGACAAACCUCUCCAGCAGCAAAACCCCCAGUGCCAGGCAGCCAGCCCUCAGCAGGGAACAGCCAGCUGCAAAUGCACAGCUGGAAGGACCUUGUCAGCAAAGUGAACGCCCAGAUGGAUGAAGAACAAGCACGGGGGCACCCCAAGAGCCACCAGUUUGCCCCCAGGGGCGGGCAGGGGGGCAGCCCCCAGCCCCCCAGCCCCAGGAGAGGGGCAGAGACGGCAGCAGAGAGGGAGAGGAUGGACGAGGAGGAGCUGCAGAUGGAUGCAGGAGUGAUUGACAGGGAGGACCAGGUGCACUCACAGAAGGAGCCCGUGGUCCAGGAGCCCAUGGUGCCAGAUGAUGCUGCAGAUCCUGCCCAGGACCCCAAUAACCAAGGUGAGGAUGAGUUUGAGGAGGCUGAGCUGGAGAGACCUGACUUUGAGGAGAAGGUGGGAGGCUCAGAGAAGUUCAAGGAGCCCAGUGUUAAAGAGGAGCCAAAGGAGAAGCCACCAAAGGAUGCUGGCAGACCUGCCAAGCCCAGGGAAGAUCCACUGGAGGACUACCAGGAAGAUCAGGAGCAGGAAAUUGUACGACACCAAGGAGGAUCACGGAGGGGAGGUGGAUGACAACGAUGACCUGGAGCUGGUGCAGGAGCAGAAGGAGCGAGCGGGGCUGCGGGGAGCUGGUGGCAAGAAGGAUGAUUACUUCUGAGAGCUGCUGAGGAGAACUGGACACUGCAGGAACGAGGGGAUGGGAGCUCCUCCUGGGACCUGGCUCCCAAAUCCAGCACUGCCCAGAACAAAGGCAGGAGGAGGGAGCUCUCUGCAGGGUUUGCAGAGCAGAAUUCCAUCUGGGAAUGGGGCCACUGCUGCCCCCCCGGGCCACUGGGAGAUCUCUCAGGCUGGGAAGGAUCUUACCCUGCUGCUUUUCUUACAAGCACUUUUUGAUUUACUGUGUUCUUCGCCCUCUUGUUUUUCACAUCCCCUUUCGAAGCUGGAGAGGGCUUUUGUGGUUGGUUUUGGGGGGUGUUUUUUACCCCCUGGGUGCCUGAGCCGGUCCCUGGACUCACUCGACUGAUCUCUAAUACAAAGGAAUCUGUCUUCAUAAAUUAUUUUGCUCAGCUGUGUUUCUUUAACACACCCUUUGCUCUCCUCUGAGUAGGGUGGGGAGGGAAAUUUCCUGUUCUUUGUCUGGAGCUGUGCAAGAGCACCAAGCACAGCCAGCAGUGAGUGUGUGUGGAUGUGAACACUGCACCCCCUUGCUGCUGCAGAGACUCCCCAGGGGCUUGGAGCAGAUCCUUGGAGAGUUCUUGCCUUGGCUUUGAGCUGUGACAGUGUGACAGUCCUGCUGGGCUCAGUGUCCCCUGUGCAUCUUCCCUGACCUGCUGGAGGUGAGGGCUGGCCUGGGCUGAGACAGGGACAGCCACACCAAGAAAAGGGAAAUAAGGAAUAUUUGCAGCUCAGCUAAUGCAGUUCCAACCUGUUGGGUUUAUUUCCAGUCUCCCAUUAUUGGACAGGGAGCUCAGUAAAUUCUGUUCUUCUAGGCAGGUUUGAAUCAGCAAUCUGGGUAUUGUUGGUGCAGUAGAUUGGACCCUGUGGUACUUGGCCUCCAAAAGACAUCUUACCUGACCUCAGGGACAAAGAAGGAACAGUCUGGAAUCUCUGGAAUUUAAAAUGAAAGGAGAAACGGCUUAAUCAUGCCAUCUCAAAGCCUGUUUGAAGUGAUAAGAACAGGGCAGAGCUGUCCCACUCCCUGCCCUGUGCCCAGACCCCUGUGCCUGAGCUGUCUCCUCUUCCUCAUCACACUCUGGAAAUCCCAGACUCUGGCACCUCAGUCAUCAAACACAGCUUGUGGCUCAAUGUCAUCACGUGGUAAAAAAAACAGAGGAUCUUUGUUCUCUAUUUUGAAUUAGUUGAGCUCUUUUUAAUCCUUGUUUGUAGCAUAUUUUGCAAGUGCUUUUAGACACUAGGGAAAAUGAUAUUUAUUUCCCAACAAGCUCAGCCUUUUUCAUUCUGACAGCAUUGAUUAUUUUUUCUUCCACUAGUUGUAAUGGAGCUCGAAAUUUACAUUUCAUAGGACUUUUUGAUUCUUUGUUUUGAUUCUGCUUGUGUUUCUUCCCAGUGCAAUCAGCUGUGCAAGUCCAACUCUGGCACAGAGUGGAGCAGAAUCAGGAAAGGGACAAAUUUUAGGAAAUUAUCUUUUAGCCUAGUGCCAGAGCUGCUCUAAGGAGCUCACUGCAAAACUCUGGUGGGGUUUAAGAAAUCCAAAAUGCCCUGAGGUGGUUAAAGCUGCAUUGGUGCUUUCCCUGCUGUGGUGCAAGGCUGCUCCUCUAUGAAUAGCAUGCCCACAGCAGAUCAGCUGAGGCUGCAGCUGCUGCUCCAGAGCAUCCUGAUCAAAAGUGCCUCCAGCUGCAGGUCAG